UGUGUGUUCUCAGUGAUGUGCAUGGACGCUAAGAUCAACUUCGACUCGAACGCAGAGUACCGUCAGAAGAAGGUGUUCGCGAUGCAGGACUGGACUCAAGAAGAUCCAAGAGACCAUCAGGCAGCCAAAGCUGAUCUGAACUACAUCGGACUGGAUGGAUCCAUCGGGUGUCUGGUGAACGGAGCAGGAUUGGCGAUGGCCACCAUGGACAUCAUCAAGCUGCACGGAGGCACACCUGCCAACUUCCUGGAUGUUGGGGGCGGAGCCACAGCUCAUCAGGUGACCGAGGCCUUCAAGCUCAUCACCUCCGACAGGAAGGUAAGUGGGGAGGAAGUUAUUCAGAGAAACUGA